UUAAGUACUUAAGCAAUGCUUCGAUUUUCUUCUUACCCUAAUUGUUGUCUUUUCACAUUUUCAUUUCCAGCUUUUGAUACAGUUGAAGCUGCUUUGGAGGAUGAAGGUGACUAUCGGGCAUUGUCAGAGAAAGAACAGUUAGAUUUAGAGAGACUCAUGGAACAGUGUGACUCAGCUGUCAGUAAUGCCGAGGCCUUUGCAGAACAGCUGUCUCGUGAUCUGUCUGUACUUGAUGGGGCUAACAUUCACAGUAUGAUGGCAUCAGAAGCUCAAGUAGAGGCUCUGAUGGAUAUGAUUGAUGCGGCUUACACGGAAUCAGAAAAGAUAGAGAGUCGACUUGAUUCGUACGAUGAGAUCUUGCAGCACGUAAAAGACUCUAUUGAAAAGAUGGCAGAUAAGAACACUUCUAUUGAACAAACAAAUGCUAAUAAUUCUAAACUCUUGGAGGAACUGGAUAAAUUAAUUAAUCAGUUAGAACUACCCCAGCGACAUCAGCAAGUCUUAUUAGAGGCAGAUCUGAAUAAAACUGGCACCCUUCCUCAAAUUAUUGAGGCGGCAACAGCUCUUCAAACGGCAAUCAGUGCCCCAAUUCCAACGCACUUGUCACAACUACAGGCUGUUCAAGACCAGAAGAAGAGAUUUGAGAAGUUGAAAAGUAGAUUUAGUCAAAUAAUUUCAAGACACCUUAAUAACCUGUUCAUUCAUUUGGGGAAUGAUCCAGGAGAGACGCUCAGCCUUCACGCUGAGCAGCUGACGCUUCCACGUCACGGGAGCAUCCACACAGAACUGACUCCCUACACUCCUCUUAUGCACUGGGUUAGAGCAUUGGAUCACAAAGCCUACCAACACCUGAAUAAAACUUAUGCAAACUCCAUAAGUAAACUGUAUGAGAGGGACAUAAGGCUGUUCUUUGAAGAGGCACGUCAGCGCAUUUCUGGGGGCAGGAGAUUAAGGGGAAGUGGCUCCAGUCAAGAUCUGGCCAGCAUGGCGGGUGUUGCUGGAAAGUUGACAUCUCAAAUAAAACAUGGUGCUCAAACUUUAAGCACCCGAACCACUACAGGAGCAUUGCUGGGUGUUGAUCGUGAUUUGUGGGGCUCUGAGUUGGACAUGCAAGAGAGGCAGAAGUUUGACGAGAUAUUUGAAAGGGUGCUGAGUGAGCUGCAGCCAGUGUGUCUGGCAGAGCAAGAGUUCUGUAUUGCAUUCUAACUAAAUGCAGCGGGAACAGAGAAAGCCCCGUCAUCUGUGGCCAGCACACCCGGAUCAAGUGGCAGUGAAGAAAGUAGCGGAUCAGCAGGAACAUCAUCUGGUGGAGGGGCGGCUGGUACCCCAGGUCAAUGCAGACUUGUCAACAGAGAAGUUAGGGCCAUGAUGGUAGCCCUCUUCACGACAUUGGAACAGCAGCUCAACUCUUUCAUCAAUACAUAUGACCGUGCAGAUUCCUAUUGCUGCCUCUACAUUUAUGUCAGGUUGAGUGAGCACGUUUUAACGGCAGAAGACACUGGAUCAUUUUUGAGCACAACUUUUGGAUCAUGCCUUGUCCAAGCCAAGCGGAAUUUUGAUCGAUUUAUGAAUUCACAACUGCAGUCUAUUCAAGAAUGUCGGGUUACCAAGAAGAAAUGUGGAAUUAUUCCGUUUAUUAAUAAUUUUGAGGAUUUCUGCCACACUGCAGAAAGCGUCUUCAAAAAGAGCGAGAGGCGUGCUGACUUGGACAAGUGGUAUGUCCGGUUAGUAAUGGCAAUGUUUGAGCACAUCCCAAGGGUAGCAGGUGAACAUCAGAGAACGCCACCAGAAGUGAUUAAAAUGGAGAACUACCAUGUUCUGCAUCAACUAAUGUUCCAGUUGAAGUUACCAGGCAUGGAUGCUCAGAGAAAAGAAGCAAAACAGCGUUACCAAGAGGCGUUGAAUGCUUACGUCACGCAGUACUUUGGCAGACCCCUUGAAAAACUUAAUGUGAGCUUGACUUUGUUUUUGUUCUUUGAUGGCGUUACUGCAAAGGUUGGUGGUGUGAAGGAAUCAGAAGUUGGAUAUCAGUUGGCUUUUAGCAAACAAGAGCUCAGAAAAGUUAUCAAAGAGUAUCCAGGGAAGGAAGUAAAACGAGGAUUAGAUCAACUGUAUAAAAAGGUGGAGAAACAUCUGUCCGAGGAAGGUAACUUGCUUCAGGUUGUUUGGAGAGCAAUGCAAGAGGAAUUUAUUCGUCAGUACAAAUUGAUUGAGGAUCUCAUUCAUCGUUGUUACCCAGGAGCUAUGAUCAAUUUAGAAUUUUCCAUUGAUGACAUAUUGAAUUACUUCUCUGAUAUUGCACAAUCUCAUUAGAAUAGCAGGAAGUAAAAACAAACUUGUAUAUUGUAGGUAAAUUAGUUGCAUUUUUUGGGAAGGUGCAUAAUAUCUGCCUCUGUUAUUAGGAGAGUCUUUUAUGAAUAUGACAAGCAAAAUACAGAAAUAUUGUUAUAUGCAGCUUAAAUUCUGUAUUCAAGCACUUAUAAAUAUUUUGCCUAUCUUCUUUUA